CUUCUGUGGAUCCAGGGAAGCUUGAGUCCCCAGGACAUCCGUGAUCGUGUGUUGUCGGACGAAUCGUUUCGGAACGAGCUGAUACUGUGGUUAGAACAGUGUCAACAGGGCGAAUACACAAACGGUACGCAGAGCGACGUCGCGCAGCGCGUGCGCGAGAGACGCCACAUAGAGACGGACAUCGCAGCGGAUAUGGAAGACGCGCCGGACAAAGAGGCUACGGAGAAGGAAUUCCGCGACCCAUGCACCGUGCUGCCCGCCGUACCGCCCGCGGACAGGUCAACCGCUUCCCAAUCGCGUUGGUGGAAGGACCUCUGUGAGGAGGUGGACGAUAUUGUUUACCUUUCGAACAGACACGACCACAAGCAUCGCCGCGGGUGUCUUCGAGGCAAUCCACCAUAUUGCAAGGCUCGCUUCCCUCGACAGAUGGAGGCUGAAACAACUGUAGAUCUCGAAACAGGGGCGUUAAAAUUCAAAAAGCUGGAAGAGUGGAUAAAUACCUUCAAUAUUAUUCUGUCCUUCGUGCUUCGUGGCAAUACGGACGUGACGAGUCUCCUGUCUGGUACUCAGGUCAGAGCCGUCGUCGCAUACAUCACCGAUUAUAUCACCAAGACGCCUCUCAAGACAUACUCGGUGUUCGAGGCGGUGAAGGCGGUG